CAAACGACCACUUCGUACCUCGCCUCACUUCACUCCAUCCCCCCGGCCAUGGUGAUGACGACGACCUCGGCAGCAUCUCAUUUUCUCUCUUCAUGCGACAUUGCCCCAUCACCCGCACCGCUCCGCUCCCGACCAGCAGCAGCUCACGUGGCCGCCAAGCCGUCUCCCGUCCACGUACGCAUUUCUGUUCUGGAAUAGGCUGGCCUUUGGUCUGGUCUGGUCUGGUCUGGCCCAUCCCACAUCCAGCCCACCACCAGCACAGCCUCCCCAGGCUGACGUCGUGUUUUCGCCGUUUCGAACGCGAAGCCGCUAUUGCUUCCCCCUGCGUCAAGGACGGUCUCGUCCCGCCUCUCGUUUCUGGGCACGGCACGGCAUUCUCUUGAUGCAGGGAUCUAUCUAUCUGCCACCUGCCUGUCUGUCGGGUCAACCUGUCCGGCGUCCAGCAGCCUCUUCUUCUUUUAACUAGUCGCUGUGCUGCCGCCUGACGAUCGUUGCCUCGCCUCCCUUCUCCCUUGCCUCGAUCUCGGCCCGCGUCGCGCCCUCGCUCGACCUUUGCGUCCUCGGUCACACCCGACCUGCAGCAUCGUCGCUUGGACUGCGGCUUUCGAUCAGCUACCCACCUUCACUCUUUGUCGAGUUGACGUACGAAUUUCACUUUGGACCGUCUAAAUUGCCAUCCCUGCACGACCCAACGCCCGCCCAAGGCGUCUUGCACGUGCAUUCCUGAGCUCGUUCCCCCCUCUCUGCGUGCUCAGCACCGUCUGCCCACGACCCGGGCCUGCACGGGCCGGCGUUGACGAUGGAGGCACAGUCUCUGGCCUCGCUCAACGUCCUUGCCUCGAAUCCGCCCCAGUACCCGGAAAAGCCAGGCGAGGAAAGGAGGGACCCCCUAGUACUAUACAUAUCCCGCGUCCCGGGAACCCGAGAUAUAAUACUAUCGCCCUUCAAACCGCAGAUUAAAAAUGUCACUGCCGAGGACGUCGCCUCGUCGCUCUACUACGUCCAUCUAGAGUUGCCCGGCCAGGAGGCGCAGACAGACGUCGUCCCGCGCACCAGCGAGGACGCCACGUCCGUGCAGGCCAUUCCCCGGAAGCCCGUUUCGGAUGCGGCGCGGCCUCUGACGCCGGACAGUCUGCAUAAUGAAAGCGAUUUGCAGCCACCAUCGCAGGCUUCUGCACAGCUCCCAGCCAGGCAGCGGGGCAGCUCCCUCGGGGCGUACGGAGAUUCGCUCCUUCCGGGCCCACGCCCGGCUCAGAACGGUAUGCCGCCUCCGCCGCGCCUGCAGACGUCGAUGCCGGCACGCAAGCCCGUCGGGCCCCGGCCCAUGACCGAGGUGACUCCGCCCACGCCGCUCACACCCGACGUCGACCGUUCGCCCGUGCCACCAAGUGGCCCGGCCUUGGAGCAGCGACCAGCCGCAAUCGACCCUCCCCAAGACCACACCGCCGCUUAUGAGUCCAAGCGCUCGCCGUCGCCGGAGAAACACAGCCGUCGGGGCUCCUUGGCAGGGUCACCCUUCACAUUGACGCUCAUCCGUCGCGAUCCGAGCUCCGGCAGCCAGUGGAAUGUCGGGCGCGUUUCGUCGCGGCAACUUGAGCUCGCCGAGGCUGAUGUUGACCAGUCGGGCAUCCAGCCAUUCUCUUUCCCACCCGUCGCCCCCCCUGCAGCCUCGAGCCCGCCCAUCAGCAUCGAGAUUGAGACGUCUGGGUAUGCCAAGUUUCGCCGCGCCCCGCCGCGAAGGAGCGGCGAAAUGACCCUCGAGGCCGUCAUGGCGGCAGCCGCGGAGGAUCACGCACCUCGUAACGAAAUUGGCGUGUUUUCGAGACAGGUCGUCAUGGGAUACUCCAAGAGCUGGACAUCCAACGUGAAGGAGAAGCUCCGGCGAAUGGAGCAGGUAGGCAGGGCUAGGAUCAAUCGCGACCGCAGCGAUAGCACCGUCUCGGUCGACUCGGCCAUGUCUAUCAGUCCGCCCAACGGCGACCUCCAAGGCAUGAAGCCACGGGGCUACACCUUUACGAGUCCGUGGGACGGCAAGUGCGAGUUCCGCACGGGCACCACCGGGCGCAGUGUGCAGUGCCGACACACGCUCUACGACGGGGAGGCAGCCAUCUACAACCCCCUCGUCGCCGACCAAGGCAGCGCCGCGCCCAAGUCGGGCAGCAAAACCGUCAGCGAGCUUCGCUUCAACCUGCCGAUGUCGGAAGUCGCCGGCGAGCAGGCGCGCAACGCCAAGGACCAGUGGCGAGGCAACUUUAGCAAGCUGCUUAAGCCUAACGGUGACCCGGAUGCCGACGCUGACACGCACGAUUACGGAAGCGACAGCGCCAUAUCACCGUUCGAGAUCAACGUGGGGAGCGAGCGCGCAGGAGGCGGCAACCGUGGCAGCCGCGCCAAGCUCGGGAAGCUAAUUGUGUACGAAGACGGUUUGAAGAUGCUGGAUCUGGUGGUGGCGGCCAAUAUUGGUGUCUGGUGGGGAGCAUGGGAGCGUACGUUUUGAGCGUUGCAUGGUGCUGGUGCUUUACGCGAUGCAUGGCAUGGCAUGGCAUGGCAUUGGGAGAGCGAUUGGCGUUGGGCCGUGGGAGAAAGAGCUUACUUGUUCCUAUCACGAGUUAUGACUGCCAUGCAGCUACAGAGCGAUUCGACUUGGGUGC